AUGCGCCUUAAGUUUGUCAGAACACUGUUAGUGCUUGCACUAUUAGGUAAUAUCAUUAUAUGGCACAGAAUAUGGAGGUUAUUUACAGCACAAAACACACUGCGGUUAUUAACACCGAACGUGGUGACACCUGAUCCUCCAGAAAAACUUCAUCGUCGAUUAGCUCGUUUAGUAACUGUGGUUAUACGACAGUUUGAAACAUUCGAAAAUGAUGUAGCCUCUACAGUGGAGUCUGUAUUUGAUCUAUUUCCUAGUAUACCAAUCCUAAUAGUAUGCAAUCAGCUACCAUACCCCCCGUUGGAAUUAGAUUUUUCCAAUGACAGUAUGCGGAAUGUGAAAUUAAUAAGUUUACAACCAGAUUUCAAUACGUCUUAUGAUGAGAGAAAUCCACUGUUCUAUGUGCGUACAAAGUAUGUCUUAUUUUUACCUGAUGCUAGUCGACUUUCUACUAAGGAAGUCAUACAGGAGAUUGUGUCACAUGUAGCAAAACUAGGUAUAGUAAUUGUACCAAUAGGAAAAGUAACUUUGACUUGCAUCAGUAUAGAUUUGAAAUUAAGGGAAUGGAGCCUCAAGUUUUCGCAAAUGGAAGGCACUGAAUGCGAUAGUGUGAAAGGAAAGCAUGCUACAAUGAUUGAGACAAAACUAUUAAGGAAACUAACUGAUCCUUUUCUGUUACCAUUCACGGAGGCAUUAUACAUUCAGACAACUGCAAUAGGUACAAAGAUUCAUAUAUUGUCAAAGCAUCAAUUUAAUGAAGGAAAGGCAUUAUAUAAGAAUCAACAAUCGCAAUGGAAGGUACAACAGUUGCACCUAAGUCGUGAACGAUUAAUGUUUGAAAAGUUGGGAAUUAAAAAGGUCGUAAGGGAAUCUAAUUUUAUAGAGUGGUAUGGUUGUUCAAGGGAGAGCAGUAGAUGUUUUGGAUCAAUUAUAAAUGGUGUUCCAUCGUAUCUUUAUCAAAAACGAUACACACCACCUUGUUGUCUCUCAGGAUUAAGAAAAGUUGCUCAUCAUGUGUUUGAUAAGUUAGAAGAAGUUGGCAUUAGAUUUUGGUUAGAAGGAGGAUCUUUACUUGGUGCUAUGAAAACUGGUGAUAUUUUACCAUGGGAUCAUGAAGUACAAAUAGGAAUAAAUCGGGAUGAUAUUGAACGAUCACCAUGGUUAAUCAAAGCCAUGAUAAAACCAAUAGUUGAUAAUGAUGGUUUUGUUUGGGAAAAGGCAACAGACGGAGAUUUUUUCAAAGUACAGUAUUCAAAGAUAAAUCAAUUAAAUGUGAACAUACUUCCAUUUUAUGCAAGAAAUGGUUCUAUGGUUAAAGCAGCAUGGUUUUUAAAUCAAAGGAAUUUCCCAGAACAAUUUCUUCAUCCUAUGUCAAGUAUUGAAUUUGCUGGUAGACAAGUGCCAUGUCCAAAUAAUAUUAGGGAUUUUUUAGAAUUGAAGUAUUUUAAAGGUGUGAUAGAAAAUCCACAACUUCCUGGAAAAAUUACUUUUUAG